UAAUUAGCGGUCGAGACUCGCCGUCGAAAGCCCGAAAUUCUGAAAGGAGCGACGAACGACCAUGGGGAAACAGAACAGCAAACUAAAGCCGGAAGUACUGGAGGACCUCAAACAAAAUACUGAAUUUUCAGAUGCUGAAAUUCAAGAAUGGUACAAAGGCUUUCUGAAGGACUGCCCGAGUGGGCAUCUCAGCGUAGAAGAAUUUAAGAAAAUAUAUGGAAACUUUUUCCCCUAUGGUGACGCUUCAAAGUUUGCAGAACACGUGUUCAGGACGUUCGACGCUAACGGCGAUGGAACAAUUGAUUUCCGAGAGUUUUUGUGCGCUCUGAGCGUAACAUCACACGGCAAAUUGGAGCAGAAAUUGAAAUGGGCCUUCAGCAUGUAUGACCUCGAUGGUAACGGCUAUAUUUCGCGACAAGAAAUGAUGGAAAUCGUGACAGCAAUCUACAAAAUGGUAGGUUCCGUGAUGAAAAUGCCAGAAGACGAAUCUACACCCGAAAAAAGAACCGAUAAGAUAUUCCUGCAGAUGGACAAAAAUAAGGAUGGCAAAUUGUCACUCGACGAAUUUAUAGAGGGUGCAAAGAAUGACCCUUCUAUUGUGCGACUGUUGCAGUGCGAUCCUAGUGCACAAGCUCAGUGAAGCCUUGGGCCAUUAUGCAAAUAUUACCGUGUCGUCCAGAUACGUGCGUCGGGACCCGGUCCGAUAGUGUCCCGUAUACAAACAUUACGAUCACAAAGCAGUAUAUGUUUUAAAAAAUUCCCUAGAAAACUUUUCAAAGAAAAACUUUUAUUAUUUUGGUUACAUUUAAUGUAAGAAUUCUUUACUCUUUGUACAGUAUUGUCCUUGCUGUUUCAUAAUAUUUAAUUUUUUUUUUUCUCUUUUCUUUUUUCUUUACGUGUGAACUUUAUUUUUACGCGAUUGAUCAUAUAAUAAUCAAAUUUUUAUUAUCGAGAAGUAGAUAAGUAAGUAUUAAACGUAUUAACGAAUUUUCAUGCAAGAAAUCGUUACGAACGUAAACGUUGCUCGAAAACAUAGGUGAUAGAAAAAGGGGGCAUUUUUAAAUUGGACCGGAACCCGAACAGGUCCAGGGUCACUGGGCCCAUUGCGCUUGCGCAUACCGCAAGCUAGUCUGCAAGACUAGUCCAGUCGCUCCGUCUCGUAAACGGAUCGAUUUUAAACGAAAAAAAGCUUAUUACGUUUUCGGAUGUACGAAUCCUCGUGUGCUGCGUACGACGAAUGACCUGCAGAGCUGCCCACACUCUGUUAUUCGAGAAGAAAAUAUUGUGGUUCGUUAGUUAGAACCAAGAAUGUGCUUCAUCAGACUUUACCUCAAUGCUAUCGGUGACAUUGAUGCCUGAAGUAGCACUCGUGUUCCAGUUAUUCGGUUAAAUGCGAUAAUUAGCGGAAUUCUAGUGUUCUGUGUUCUUGUGCUGCUGUCCAUCAUUUCGUGGAGCAUCUCGAUACCUUCGUUAUGAAAGAUCAGCUUUAAUGGACAAUAGUGUUUACAUAAGUUCAACUACUGUUUCUUGUGGCACAAUUGUGCGAUAUCCGUCUUUGCUGUAUAACCUUAACUAUGCUUAUAAAUAACGAGUUCAUACAUCAACACAUUUUUGAGUAGUGGUCUUUAGCAUAAGUCUCCGCCAUACGCAGCUCAAAGGUAAAGUAAUUUUUAAGUGCUCUAUAUGGAUUUUUGUAAGCUAUUGUGCCCAAUACAUCUUUUUCCCAUUUCAUAGCCAUAUAUUCUGAACCAUUGAAAUUAUCUGUAAUGCAUACCUUAGCAACAUACGCAAAUGUUAUAUAAAAAAACUUACGUAUAAUUAUUAGGGGUAUGUGGGACCUCAAACAUUUUCCAGAGUCCAUCUUGAUCCUGAAAAAAAUUCCUGCCUCAAUUGAAAUCCUGCACACUCCUAAUAAUUAUAGCUCCUUCGUAAUUGAUCUGAAUAAAACUAAGGGACACUCCCUCAACUAUACUUAAUCUGACUUCAAAUUACAAUGAAUGCCAUAUUUUCAACGUCAACUUAGAUGAGGGAUUCAAUCUUGCAUUAGUACAUUGUUACACUUAUGUAGAUAACUGUUGCAAACAUAUAGAAAUAUUAUAAUAGUAAAAAUAUAUAGAUAUUAAGGAUUUACUAGAAAACUUACAAAAAUCAAAACUUUUACUGUUGCUGCUAUACAAAUAUACUCUGAUGCAAUAGCCCAAUUACAAUACACAUGUUAUAACUUUUAGAUUUAAUGUAACUUGGGCUAUUAUCUAAUUUCUAGGUUCUACAAUGUAUUUAGAACUUCAGAAUCUAUUUCGAUAUUACUUCUUGAAUGCAGUAAACUAGUUGCUUUAGUAAUCUUUGUUGCAGUUGCUCCUAUUCUAACCAGACAAGAAAUUUGUGCUUUAUAUUAGUAACUUAAUAUCCAAAUUAAAUUAAUAACAUAACUAGGCUUUCGUCUGAACUCUCAAUUCAGAUUAAAUUUUUGGCACUACGAGGCAAAAAACAUAAUUAUCUACAUAAGAACAUAACUGUUUACGUGAUUGGUUGAAUCAUCCAGUGAUACUACUAAAGUCUGAAUAAAUUAUACUUGCUUAGCAGUAUUAAGAUUCAUAUUACAGUGACAAUUAAUGGCAACUUAAUUUUCCACUUUUCAGAUACUUAUUGUGAAAUACUCGGUAUAAAUCGAUGAUACAUAGUUCUAAUUAGAGUAGAAUAGAAUCUUACACUACUAAUCCUACGGUAGUAUUUUUAAACCAUCAACAAAAGUUAAUUAUAUAUUCAUUUUUUUUUUUUCUUGAAUUUAUCAAAAGAAGUUGAUGAACGCUUUCGUUUUAGUAAAAAAGUAUAAACUUUGAAAUUUAACAUAAGAAAAAAUAAGCGAUCUAUUUUCAAUUUAUAGCUCUCGCUUGAGUCUAGAACCCAUAACUGUGAUCGCGUGGAUUGCGGAAUUAGGUAUUGGUCCGAGUGCGUUUAAAAAACUAGAAUUCAUUAAAUGAUUCCAGUUAAACUUUACUGUACAGGAGCGCAUAAGUCCGUUUUAGGUGAUAACCUACAAUUUUAUUCAGAUUUACGUAAUUGAAGGAGAAGUAGACACGCAUAGAACGUUUAUUUUUAAGUUUUUCAGAUGUGUAGAUCAUGAUCUAUCAUGCUGAUGUUCUACACACUUUAAGAUCUGCAUUCAGGUAGUAACAAUGGUUCAUUGUAUGUAACUAUGAAAUAAGAGAAACAUAUGUUCGGCAUAAUAGCUAAUUGCAAGAACACAUUUCAUAUUAUACGAUGAUGCGCAUAAUACUCUUCGUGAUCCCGACGAAAAGUUUUCGAAUGUUCAUUACGCGCUGUCAUAGAUCGCCUAAUGAUCUAAUAAUUAUAGAGAAGACUCAUUUUGAGAUACGUCUUAAUAUGUUGGCAGAAAAACUGGAGCAAUUAAUAGUUCGAGUAGCAAAGGUCACCGGAAAAAAUUGAUGAAAGAAAAAACGUCUGGUUAAAGUAAUUAUUCAAACAGUUCAUUAAUUUUAAUGAACAUAAUGUGUUUUUAGAUAAUAACGUUUUUUUUUCGCUUUAAGUAUGAAUAAUGGAAUUAUAUGGAGAACAGUAAAACCAGUAUGCAAUGUGUAAAUAUUAUUUAAAGAGGAUAACUCACAUUGUAAUACAAUAUAACCACUUCUUUUGUGGCUUUUUAUAAUGUUUUGUGGAUUUUUUAACGACAAGAGUAUAUUAAAAUUGCUUCCUACUUAUGAUCCUAUUGUAACUUUGUAUACUUUAUUGCAACUUUCAUGAAUAUAAACUGACUAAAAUAAUUACCAAAAAUUUCCAUAAAACUACAUUUAUAAAUGUAAAAUUAAAUCAUACUUAUAAUGAUUCUAUCUAUUAAAUUUGACUUACUAUUAUAAUAAAAUAAUGAGAUUUAAAAAACUAUAAUUAAAUUAUAAGAUAUUUGCACAUAUAUUUCCAUGAAAACAAUUGGAGAAACAAUUAUUUAUGAUGAACUUCGAAUAUAGAAUUUUGUAAUUGUUAUUAAGCUAUUGAAUUAAUUUGUUUAUCUCAGAAGUUACAGUCCGAUGACCUUUGUUAUAAUCGCUUUAACAUGUUAAUUUCCGUAAAACAAAGGUUCUUUUAACCUUCUCGUAACAAGCAAGGGAAAGAAUGGAGCCCGCUUGCCGAUUUGAACGACUGAACUGAUUGUUAUUUUAGUUCAGUAGUUUUCGAACGACAAAAAGCUUCAAGUUUAAAAAAAAAAAAAGAUUGUAAAAAUGAAGUGAAAAUAAAAGGAAAGGAGAUAACAUGGGGAAAGAAAAACGAGAGAAUAAAAUUCACACGCACGAACUAUUUUAGAGAUUUAUUUUUGCGAAUGCGUAUACGCGUGUAUGUCCGUGUACGAAUGUGCUAUGUGUGUGACAAUGUAUCGUUAUACGCGUCUGCAUGUAUGCAUACGCGAGAAAGGGAUAGGAGGAAGGAGACAAAAACAAGAAAAAAAAAAAAGAAAAAAAAUACAAGCAAAACAAACAAAAUCUCCCGCCACCUGUUGUUCAAUUAGAAUUGGCUAUUUUAAUGCGUUCUGCAUAUAUGUAUACAUAGCACUAUAAUUUUAUUACUUGUUCCUAGUGAUAAGAGCGCGAUAAUAUUGCAGUUUCUGUCUGUGCAAAAAUAAUACACGCAGCAGCAGAACAAAUGUGUAACUUGUGACGGAUCAUUAAUUAUGGCACGAUCAACAGAAAUCGACUCGUGAUUAAAUUUAAAGUAACUAUCUCGGUAUAGAUAAACGUGUAUAUUUUGAGAAAUAUACGAAACAAAUUUAAUGUAUAUAAAUUACAAUCUACAAUGGAAACAAAAUUCGGACGGUUCGUCGUUGUUGUUGAGGGAAUAGGACAUUGAUUAAAUGAUUUUUUAUUUCACAAUUCUUUAAUUAGUAUUUCAUUUUUUGUUUUAAAUGUUCUUCAUUAUCUCUGUCACCAUUUCCUUUUCGUAAUGCGUGAUCGAGCUUUAAUUUACAUUCCUUUAAGGUUCGACUACGUUUUCCGGUAUCACUAACGAAACAUCUUUGCUACUUAAAUAUGAUUACGUGAUAAGUAAUCAUUAUGCUGGCAGUAUUGUAAGUAUUAUUUUACAGGAGGGCAACGUAUAAAAUACGUGCAUAUAUUAGAACAUAUACAUAUAUACAUAUAUAUUGUAUAUAUAUACGUAUAUUUGUAUCUAUGCAGAAAUCUAUUCUACUUUCUAAGAUAUUAUCUGUUCAUAUUAUGCUCAUUAAUAAUUAAGGAUAAAGACCACAUAGUUAUAUCUUUAAUCCGUAUAGUCAUUGUAUAAACUAAAUAACCUUACUGAAGUUAAUAUAUGAAAUUUUAAAACAAUGUUUGGAUUCUUCUGACUAUUUAAUAAGAGGAAAAAUAAGAAGGUGCAGGGAGUAUGCUAAUUACCGAAAAAAACAAAGCGAUGACAUUUCCUUCUAAAAAAUACAAAAAUAUAAAGAAUAGAUAAAAAAUUCUGUUUAGAUAAAAUGGAAUUUAUAUUUUAAAUUCAAUGCUAGUGAAGUCAAAAUGUAAUUAUCGUACCUCGGAUUAAAAAGCAAUAAAGCGGGAAAAAGUAAAUAUUGCAAUUAAAUUAGCACAACUCUAAAAAGUCAAUAAUAUUGCAUAACUUUCAUAAUUUUACAUUUGUUUAAAUAUUUAAUGAUUUUUCAACCACUUUCUUACAAGAUAAGUAUACAAAAUGAAUAGUAAGUCAUACUAAUUCAUCAAAACAUAAAUGGUAUUAGCGAAUUAGUAUUUAAAGUGUUGAAUGAGAAAAUCAGAUUAUUAAAAAAAACAAACGAACAUCAUCGGAUAAACAAUUUUGACAGAACAGUUUUGAUUGUCCACUUUAAAUCAUUUCCAUUAUAUUUUUGGAAUAUAAUUAGUUUAGCAUAUAAAAUUAUUUAACAGAAUUACACAUAAGUUUGUUGAUAAAAUUCUAAAAAUUUUAAUAUUUUUAUCGAUUUUAAAUAGUCAAAUCUGAUAUGUUGUAAAAAGAAAGUAAUUUUCAAAACAAUUCGACAGUUGAAAGUAAAG